CCCAGCUGUUUUUGUAGCGUCCUGAUAGUGUUGAGAUGGCCGGAGCGGAGUGGAGACAUGCCUAAGGGACGCGAUGGGCCAUAGUGACGAGAAGGAUCGCAUAGUGAUAAACGUGGGAGGGAUCAAACACCAGACCUACCGCGGGACCCUGCGCACGCUGCCCGGCACGCGCCUUGCCUUGCUAACGGAGCCGUUUGCGCACGAGAACUUCGACUAUGACCCCCAGAUUGGAGAGUUCUUCUUCGACCGUCACCCGGGCGUCUUUGCGCACAUCCUCAACUACUACCGGACUGGGAAACUGCACUGCCCGGCGGAUGUGUGCGGGCCGCUUUACGAGGAGGAGUUGGCUUUCUGGGGCAUUGAUGAGACGGACGUAGAGCCAUGCUGCUGGAUGACCUACCGCCAGCACCGGGAGGCUGAGGAGGCUCUGGAGAGCUUCGGUGGAGGUGCCCUCGACCCAAGCCACAAAGAGUCUGAGGAGGAUACUGUGGCGCCGGAGGCUGCUGAUGGCGACGAGGGUGUGGAGAUGACCCGAAGGCUAGCUCAGGGGGACUCACCCGAUAACAGAUCCGGGACAUGGAGCCGCUGGCAGAAGCAUGUCUGGGCGCUCUUUGAGGACCCAUACUCGUCUAAAUAUGCAAGGUGGGUGGCCUUUGCCUCCCUCUUCUUCAUCCUGCUGUCCAUCACCACCUUCUGCCUGGAGACGCACGAGGCGUUCAACCCCAUCCUCAACUUCACCGAGGUGGAGGUGGUGGACAACACCACGGUGGUGCACGUGUACGAGGAGACGGAGACCAUGGCGGAGCUGACCUACGUGGAGGGCGUCUGCGUCCUCUGGUUCACCUUCGAGUUCCUCGUGCGCAUCGUCUUCUGCCCGGACAAGCUCAAGUUCAUCCGCAACACGCUCAACAUCAUCGACUUCGUGGCCAUCCUGCCGUUCUACCUGGAGGUGGGGCUGUCCGGCGUGUCCACCAAGGCGGCCAAAGACGUGCUGGGCUUCCUGCGUGUGGUGCGCUUCGUGCGGAUCCUGCGCAUCUUCAAGCUGACGCGUCACUUCGUGGGGCUGCGCGUGCUCGGCCACACGCUGCGCGCCAGCACCAACGAGUUCAUCCUGCUCAUCAUCUUCCUGGCGCUGGGCGUGCUCAUCUUCGCCACCAUGAUCUACUACGCCGAGCGCAUCGGCGCCAACCCCAACGACCCGCGCGCCUCCGACCACACGCACUUCAAGAACAUCCCCAUCGGCUUCUGGUGGGCGGUGGUCACCAUGACGACCCUGGGCUACGGCGACAUGUACCCGCAGACGACCACGGGCAUGAUCGUGGGCGCGCUCUGUGCCCUCUCCGGCGUGCUCACCAUCGCCAUGCCCGUGCCCGUCAUCGUCAACAACUUCGGCAUGUACUACUCCCUGGCCAUGGCCAAGCAGAAGCUACCAAAGAAGAAGAACCGGCACAUCCCGCGCGCGCCCGCCAUCGGCUCGCCCAACUACUGCCCGACCAAGUCCGUCUUCAACUCGCCGCGCCACAGCACCCACAGCGAACCCUGCCCUCUGGCCCAGGAGGAGCUCUCCGAGAUCAGAUACCAAGAUUUCAAAGUGAACGGCGAGGCGUCCAAAGCGGCUCUGGCCAACGAGGACUGUCCUCACAUCGACCAAGCGGUCUCCCCAGAGGAGGCGUUCAGCCCAACGGAGAGGGCUGAGAGGCCCUGCUUCCUGCUGACGCCUGGAGAACGAGCCAAUCACACGGGGGGAAGAGUCAGAAAAGAGUCACAGCGGCGCCGCCGGAACAGACAGCCCACAGAGUCAGUGUGUGUCAUGAAUCAUGGUGUGCCAACCACUAUGUGCAUGAACCACACGCCCACAUCACCUACCUGACAACGCUAUAGUGUGUGUGAGAGGGAGUGAGAAUGAGUGUGUGAGUGACAGAGUGUGUGUGUGUGUGUGUGUGUGUGUGUGUGUGCAGUAGAUCAGCAUCUUCCUCCUGGGUGUGUGGCAGAGACUAUUUCAGCAUAGAUGUAGCCGUGAUAGUGCAGAUGAAACAUUGUUGUCUAGCCGUACAGUAGCCCUGUUACAGUGGAGUGCUUUUUUGUGCUGUUGUACUGUGAAAGUGCCUAUGUUUUAGUGUGUAUGUGUAACAGUGUGUGUGUGAGAGAG